AUGUUUGAGCAUAGUUGCAAGGACUAUCAUUCCAUGCAUACUGAGAGGAUUAAACUCAGAUUGGAGAGAAUUUGUCAAGUUAAACUUCCCUGCUCACUUCAAGAUGACAAGCCUUUGAAAAAGUUUCCAACAAACAUCAAGGAAUACGAUCAGAUUUUACUUGUUGAGGCUAGAGAAUUAAUGAUGAACGAUAAAUAUUCAUGUCCUUGUCAGGAUCCUAUUGAAAGUGUUCAACAAUUAAAAUCAUACGAGGACAUGAUCUGUACGGAUUUACUUGAGGAGGAAGAGAUGAAUGAAGUGGAAUCUAUUCUCAAUACAGACAGAUUGCCGAUAACAAGGAGUGGAGAAGCAUAUUCAGACUAUCUUGAUUAUUAUGACUUGUCAGAGAGCAAGGAACAAAUAUUAGAUUGUCAUCUAUUGGUUUCGGAAGAGAUUUGUCAACCUUUUUACAAUCCUUCUAUUGUAUUUUCCACACUACUGGAAAAAACAAAAUUUAAUUGUAAACCUGAGAGUAAGGCUGUGGAAAAUUUAAUUGAUGAACGAGUGCUUUCCGAGUGGGUUGCUAUGGAUUCACUCCCUACAGACUAUUCAAAUGAUUGGCUAGAUGGUUUACAUUCUAAUCAACGAGUUUUUGAAAAGGAAGAAACAUUUGAUGAAAUUAAGAUGAUUCCUGUUUGUUAUCAAUUCGAAGAAUUAUUAGAGGAAAGCGAUUCAAUACUUAUAGGAGAGGAAAUAAUCAACGAAUCAAACUGCUCAAAUAGGUACAAUUUUGAAGUGAACAUCAAGUUUUUGGAGUUUUCUAAAGCCUAUUUGAAUGAGUACUUGUCUAGGGAGAUGUCCAAAGCUGGAACCAGGUCCACUAACAACAACAAUAAUGACAUAUUUGAGCACGAUACGAUGGAAGAUGUUUGUCAAAAUACAAUUCUUGAAAUUGAACACAGGUACAAUUUGAACAUUUUGGAUGAAUUCUAUGCAUCAUUUCAAGAAUUAUCCAAAAAUUCAAUUUCUGAAAUUGCCAAUAGCGCAAAAACUAUCCAGGAAUACUGGUGCUUGAAUCAUCUUGAACAGGAAAUACAGGAAGAAAGGAGUGCUAUAUUUUCAAGUGAUUCAAUUAUCAACUCAGAUGAUAUUAGAACAAUUCCUUGUCCUCUUCUAGAUGCAAGGCCGGUACCAAUCAAACUAAUACCAAUCGAGGAAAUUGUAAAACCCAAAUUGACAUCAAAUAUUGAAAUUACUCUACAAAAUUUAUGGCUAUCAGAUUCUAUCUAUUUAUCUAGAAAGGAAGCUGAAUUGUUGGAUGGCAAAUCUCUAGCCUCAGGGUUGAGUUUAAUGGAAAAUAGUGUUAGUGAAUCAUUUGUUAAGGAAUUAUUCAAUGAUCAUAAGGAACUAGAGAUAGUGCUCAAAAUUCCAAACAAUAUGACUCCCAACUCGAGGAGUAGAAUAUUCUCAGAGAAGAUAUUUAACAAGUUGAGUGAAAUAGAGGAGAUGGAAAGGGAAUUCACCACAGAGGAUAUGUUUUUUCUACAAGAUUUAUUCCAACAAUCAUCUACCUACUCUGAAACAGUUAGCCAUUAUCAAGAUGAUGGAAAAGGCGCACUCUACAAGUAUGAAUCACUUAUGGAAACUCUAGUAGAUAUUGGAGAAUUUGAAAAUUAUAACUCGACAUCAAUAACUGACAUGGAGAAAGAGGAUGAAGAGGAUGAAACCAAUAUUAUUAUUGAGCAAGAUUCGCCAAAUUUAUCACCAAUACAGGUACAAGAGAAGAUAGUUUUUAAUGAGUUUUUAGAGGAUAAUCUAGAUGCCUUCCUUACAUUCAAAAAACCUUCUCUUGCUCCUAUUCCCACCACCUCACUCCAAGAGAAGGAACCUAAUGAGGAAGAGGCGUUAUUCAUUCCAGAAGAUGUAAAGAUCUCGCCAAGACACUCUCAAAUGGUAAGGAGCAUUCUUGUUCAAAACUCUUUGGUAGUUCUACAAGAUGAGGAAUUGAGAAUGGUAGAGAGUAUUCUACUUCUCCAAAAGUUGAAGAACUGUAGCUCAAACUCCAUGUUCAUUCACAUAGACGGUGAUGAAACAAGAUUAGAGAAAGACUAUAGAUUUAUCAAAUCCUUUCUUUUUAAUCACUCAAAGAGUUUAUCCAUGGUAACAAAGGAUAAUUUUACAACCAAGAUUACAAGUAUUUCACAAAAAUGUAAGGUUCUUUUCAUUUCUAGAAGUAUUGCAGAGAGCUUUAUUCAAAGGAUGGAGGCAUUACUUUCAAAAUGUUGCCUAAUAGUUUACAAGGAGCAUGUUUUAAUUGAGCAAGAUCAAUUCAUUCCAAUUUCAAAAUUUGUAGAGGGAAUGUAUUCCAUUUCAAAGAAGAAUAUACAAACCAUCAUCAUGUCGUGCAUACCUUCGAGAGACAUACAACAACUUUCCCAUCUGCUUGACUCGACAAUGUCAAAGCAAAUACUAAUGGAUGUAUCACCACAACUGUCUGCAAAGAUUAGUGUGCCUGUAUCAGGAAAAGCAUCAAAGUUUUUGGAGAAUAUUAUCAAAGUUGGAGAAUUCACAUUGUCCUCUAUUUCAGGAGUGAAGGGAUAUAGUUUUGAGUCCAUCAAAUUCUUGAGUAUUCAAUCAGAAAAUAUGGUGAGAUAUUUCGCUAUAUCGUCUAGAUUAGAAAGAGAAGAAACACAAACAUCACUGGACAUGCUAAAUCAAUCUUGGGUCAAGAAUUUGAAGUAUAAACUGAAAAAAGAGAAGGAAUUAGUUGUGAAUUCUAAAAUUAUUGAUCAAAUUUUACAAAAGCAAAAGAGCUUUUCAAUACUACAAGACAAAGAACUGGACCAUCUAGAGAGACUGUACUGUUUUAAAUCAAAAUCAGAAAACUCAGCAUCUAGCAGAAUCAUUGUUACAGAGAAGUGUAUUCAAAAUAACGAAUUACUUUCUGAGCUUGAAUCACGAUUCUCGAUUAAUGUUGUGGAGAGGAAUUCUACAUUGUUUUCUCCAGCAGAUAUAAUAAUUAAUGAAAGGCAUUGUAUCAUUCUGUACAAAUUCAACAAUCUUGAUACAUACAGAGAGGAAAUUACUGAUUUAUUCAAUAGAAUUCUUUCUCUGGCAUUGCAAUUUUCCUACUGUUGGGUAAUUAUUGAAAGCAGCUCAGCAGGAACUAUAUCUAUUGAUUCUUUAUCCUUUGUUUCUAGCUCUCUCCUCUGCUUUACUAAAUCUUUACAAAUAGAAGUGAAUUUAAGAUACAGCUACAACAUGGAUCAAAGUGCUGAGAUUAUCAAUUCGAUAUGUGUGGAAGUAAUGGCCCAAUCCAAAGCUCUAAAUCAUGACAUUAUUUGGAUAAGAGAAAAGGAGAAUCCUCAAGAGGCAUUUCUUUCAAAAUUCCCUUGUGUUAAUUUCUUUUCGGCACAAGCAAUAGUACAGAACUACUCCAUCAAGGAAAUAUGCCAAAUGAAAUCAUAUGAAGAAUUUUCACAACAUCUAGGAAGGUAUUUCACAGAGACUGGCUUGAGGCCUCCUGAUGAAUUGUCGAUAAACCAGAAGAGACUCUUUUCUUUGACACAACAAGACAAUUUUAACCAAGAACCAAUUUUUCAACCAUUUAAGAAAUCAAAGAUUGUAAAUGAAAUUCCAAAUGUGCAAGAAUCUUAUAGAAGAAUACCACCGUCUCCAUUAUUUGGUCAAAGGGGGAGAAUGAUACAAGAGGAGCCUCCUAGAGAAACUUUCACACCACUGAGACAAGCUUUCAGAGUGGAAUCUAUGAUGAAUAGUCCAUUCAAUAGCUUUGCAAAUAAUAAUGUAGCACCCCCUUUGAAUUACAGGACACAGCAUCAGCAACAACAGUUUGAGCCAUUCCUGACAACAUCACGAAAUGCACCAAUUCAAUAUCAAGAACAACCUUACUUUCAACCAAGUAUGCCAGUAAUGAACUAUGCCAACAUAUCAAACACUUCAAACAAUUCAAUAAGGUCCUCGAAUCAUGAGUUUGCUUCACGACAACAGCAACCAAAUAUCGUACCUAAAAAAGUACCCAACAUUCCAGUCAAGCUGCAAGUCCCUCUAUCAGAUAACAUGCCAAGAACCAAAAUUGAUUUCGAGGCAUUCAAGUAUAAACCCAAGAAUGGAAAAUUAACAAAAAAAUGUUGGAAUCAAGCUUUGAGAACAAACUUUGAAUACUGGGAUCCUAUUUUGAAUGGAAUUGGUGCUAAUUUCAAAACUGACCUGAAUAAUUGCAAAGCUAUUGAAUUGUAUGGUAGAGAAAAGUUGCAAGCUUGGAGUUUGCAAAGGAAAUGUGGACCUGUAAGAUAUAUUGAGGGAGAGCUAGUUCCAAUGGAUAGAGGUAGUUGGGAUAAUGAUGACUAUUCACCUUUGGAUAGUUUGAAUAUUGUAACUUUAGGAGAGGAGAAUUAUCAAAGAUCAUCUCUAGUCAAUCAAGUGUUUAUUAUUGACUACAACAAGAAAUCAAGUAUGAAACUGGACUACUUUACAACUGAUGAGCAAGUUCCUGCAAAUAACACUGUUUUUGAUAAUUACUGUGGCUAUUGGUUUUCGAAAAGAACUCCAAAAUGGUUUCUAUUCCAAAUCAACUAUUCAAGAUUUGAAGAAGAGGACAGAUCAAUUGAAUAUACUUGCAUCGUUACCUUGUACAAAACUCUUAACGAUUUCAAUAGUAGAAAGAAUGGCUUGACUCUUGUUAAAGGAAUGAAUACUUCGCUCAAAAAUUCAACAGAACUUCUUGAGAGAUGGCUUCUCUUUGAUCGUGUCUCUAGAAAGGAUUGUGAAAAAUUCAUUUCUAAUAUUCUGACAAGUAUUACACGAAAGCUUUCCACAAUUGUUGGCUCAACUGAUGAAAGUGUUCCUUUCAUGUAUAAUGUCAUCCUUCCUCAAAAGUUUAUGUUUCACCCAAAGGACGAAACUUUAGUUUACUUUACAACCGAAACUGUAACAACCUAUGUCUCCAUUAAACUAUUAAAUCUAACUUCUGGUCAAAUAACAGAUGCAGUUCCAAACGAAUCCAUUUUCCAAACAAUGGAUUUCACAGUUGAUGGAGAGACAUCUGACAUUUACUAUAUUUCUCAAGGUUUGGUCUACAAAUACAGUGCAUCAACCAAAACUAAAACACUCUUUGCUGGAGGUGGUUAUCUUGAUGGUAAUUAUAUUCCUGCAAAUCAAGCAAAACUUGAAAAUCCUUGGUAUUUAGAUAUUGAUCUAGCGAAUGGUGAUUUGAUUAUUGCAGAAUCGAGAAAGAUAAAGAGGGUUAGAGAUAGGAUUAUUAAUACUGUUGCAGGUGGUGGCAAAAUUAAAGAUGGCUCACUGGUCAAUGUCUUGGGAAAUGGUUUUGAGGGAUUUCCACAAGAUAACGCUCUGGCCACAUCUGUAUCUGGUUCUUUAGGAACUUUUACUAUCAAUUACAAGACUGGGGAAAUCUUCUUUGGCUCUCAAACUUUUCUAAUGAAGGUUGACCAAAGUGGAUAUAUUAGAGCAAUGAGUAAUAUCACCUCUAAUACUGCUGGAAUUCAAAGUAUUUAUACAUCACCUCGACCAGAUCAAGGCAUGAACACUAACAAGCUGUUCCUUUCUCCUUAUCACAUUGAAUUAUCUCCAAUUACCAAUGAAUUGUAUAUCUCAGAAAAACAAGGAAGAAUUGCAAAAAUUGUAAACUCGGCCUCUGCUAAUAGAAAUGACUGGAAGAUUGAAACAAUUGCUGGAUCAAAGGGAUAUUACAUUGAUGGUAUUCCAGCUGCUUAUUCUAAAAUUGAUAGCAGUCGAUCUGUCAAAGCAGUUUACAAAUCUGAUUCGAAUGAAUGGUAUUUCAAUUCUAUUAAUUUCUACCGAAAAACUGCUCAAUCUGCUGACGUGAAUUCUCUUCCAAUUGUUGAGACUUUUUUCACUGGAGACAAGGCAAUUAAUUAUUACAAUUUUGCAGCUUCAAAUGCUGAACCAGCUGUCUAUUUCACAACUGAUUCACUGCUUUACAAAAUGAAUACUCAAACGAAGGAAAUUUCAAUUUUCGCUGGAAAUGGACAACAUUGCAUUCCUAAGGAUGGAGAUUUGCAAUUGGAAACUUGUGUUUGUCAGGGAUCUGGACUGAUGGUUUCUCCAUAUAAUGGUCAAGUUUAUUUCUUAAUGUCUGCUUCAGCUCAAUCAUAUAUUUUCACAUUCGAAAGUGGACGAAUUAGAUUGGUUGCAGGAGGUGGUUCUGAUAUUUUCUCAUCUAAUAUCUCUGCCAAUCAGACACAACUUGGAUCUGGUUCAACAUUUACAAUUAGUCCACAAAAUGACUUUUACGUUUCUGAUUACAAGAAUCGUAUAAUCAAAAAGAUUAGUUCAAAUGGUUUAGUCACCAUAGUUGCAGGUUCCAAAGAUGCUACCGAUUAUGGACAUGAUGGAAUUAAGGCAACCAAUGCAGCAAUCUCUCCAAUUUCAGUUGUAGUUCUUCCUUAUGGAGAUAUUAUAUUUUCAGAAGACAAUAGAAUUCGAAAGGUUUCGAAAAAGACCGGACUUUUACAAACUGUCUAUGGUGAUUUCGAUCCUGGAUAUACUCCAAGUGGCAUUGUUGGAACUUUAACAAAUUUCCAUACACCUGAGCUUCGGGGUUCCAUAAAAGGAUAUAAUGAAAUUUACUUUUUAGAUCAGAUAAACGGACAUUUCACAACUCAAAUAAGAAAACUAGAAACCACAUGUGAUUUAGGUGAAUUUCUCAAUGAAGAUUGGAAGAAUUGCUCCAAAUGUCCAGAAGGAAAGUUCAGUAGCUCAGAUUUUUCAGGAUGUGAAGGAGAAAUGAUUUAUUGUAAUGGAAUUCCAUUCAAUGCUCCAAAUGUUUGUUCUUCUCAUGGUAAAUGCACCAUGUCCUCUACCUGUCAAUGUCAAAAUAAUUGGACAGGAAGCGAUUGUUCUGAAACAACAUGUGACUCAAUUUCCUCAAAAGAUUUGAACAGAGUUUGUGGUGGACAUGGAAAAUGCGUUGAUUACAAUCAAUGCCAAUGUAGAGAUUCAACCUUUGGUCAAUCGUGCCAAUUUACUGGAAUUCCACCUCAAGCUUUCAAUCUCUAUUUCAACUCAACUGAAAUUGUCAUUGGUUCGGAUGAUGUGUGCGGAGUAAUGACAACAAAUUUCACACUCAUCCCAAAACAAACUUUGGAUUUUUUGAAUGAUAAGCUGUUGACCAUUACAUUGAGUUUGUAUUCUGAAAUUAAUGGAGAUUAUAUUGAUAGCAGAAGUUUAAAUUCGAAAGGAAUUCCAAUUUAUUCGAUUUUCGAUUUGGGUUCAAUGAAGGAUUUGAAUCGUCCAGAUACUUUGAGAGCUGUUGGGAAAAUAUCGUUGGAUAUUAAUCAGGUUUCUGAAGUGAGUAGUAUGAAUAAGUUGAUUGCUGGAAAUCAAAGAAAUGUUUCGAAUAGAAUUGGAACUUCACUUUCUUUGAUUGCAAUUUUACUUUCCAUACUAUUGAUUGCUUAA